GUGCCGACGAAAUUAUCAGUUUAAUAGCAGAAACUGAUUCGAUGGCGAAGAUGACGACGACUCAGUCGCAGUUCUUGAUGAACCUCUCUCAUGGACUCUCCUCCCAACGCAAUCUCAGAGCGGAUAAUCGUGUUUCAUCUUCUUCAUGUCAAAUUACACGAAAGAAUCGGUCAUGGGCAUUGCCAGUUUCCUUAAAAGUUGAGAAAUUUCAACUCCAACGAGGAAGGAGAAGAAGAGGAUCGCCAUGUUUUGUGGGGAGCUUCGAGAACCAAGGGUUGGUCAAAAAUGGGAUUGGUGAUGCUGAUGGGAUUAUAAUUGUCGAUCACGGUUCUCGCCGCCGUGAAUCCAAUCUUAUGCUUGAGGAGUUUGUGAAAAUGUUCAAAGGCAAAACUGGUUACCCAAUUGUGGAGCCUGCUCAUAUGGAAUUGGCUGAGCCAUCUAUAAAAGAUGCAUUCAGUUUGUGUGUACAACAAGGGGCCAAACGUGUAGUUGUGAGCCCAUUUUUUCUAUUUCCUGGAAGACAUUGGCAUAAGGACAUUCCCUCGUUGACGGCUGAUGCUGCAAAGGAGUUCUCUGGCAUCUCAUACCUCAUAACUGCACCUCUCGGCCUUCAUAAUCUCCUCAUGGACGUUGUGAAUGACAGAAUCCAACAUUGCUUGAGCCAUGUUGAAGGAGAUGCUGACGAGUGUCUUGUUUGUGCUGGAACAAACAAUGUUGGCUCAGAGAUUAGAGAGAUCACCUCCAAGCUUUCUAAGAUAGCAGCAAGCAUGCUAGAUUACGGUAUAAAAGAAGCUAUGGGCAGAGAAGGCUUGAGUUUGUCUGAUAAUCAAAGAGAACAGAGGCAGUCGUUUCCAUUUGUUGUUGAGCAUAAUCUUGUCGGGUUGGAGCAGAGUCUUGAGAAGUUGGUGAAUGAUUUAGUUUCUGGAGAUGCUUGGGAUUGUCUGAAACACGUCUUUCCACAUGAAACAGGAAGCGAAAUAAUCCUCACCACUCGGAACAAGGAGGUCGCUUUAUAUGCUGAUCCCAGGGGUGUGUUUCAUGAGCCACAAUUGCUAACAUGUGAAGAGAGUUGGGAGCUGUUGGAGAAAAUUUCAUUAUCUGGAAGAGAAGAUAUAGAGCCAAUGUUGGUCAAGAAACUGGAGGAGAUUGGGAAGCAGAUAGUCAAGGCAGAGCAAGAAAGCUUUGUGCAGGUUAUUGAUUCAAGGGAUCAAGAUGAAGCUGAGGCUUUUUUAUCUCUUUCAACCAAUACAUCUCGUAGAAUUUCUGUUCAAUUACAUGGUGGAGCAGAGGAGCACCAGAUCAAGAGACUUUCUCAGAACACAGACUUCGAGGUGGUAUCUUCUCUAAGUAAAGUCUUGAAACGUCUCCGUGGCUUGACAAUAAACGUUCCAUGCGAACCUAUGCUUCCACCAGUUGAUGUAACACAGUUGGUUUCUGCAUUUACUGAUCUCUCUGAACUGGAACUGUUUCUUAAACUAGAGAAGCUUCCAGGAGAACAGAGUUUCUCCUCUGAUCUUGGUGCUCUACUAAAGCUUCAGAACAUCGCCUUCUACGAGAUCUAAAGAAUGCUUCAUAGUACUCCAACCAGUCCCGAAAUAAUACUUAGUGUCGUCAAUUCUUUUCAGGGUAACUGUGUAUAAAUCGUCUUCUAUUAU